AUGGCGCGUGGAGGAGCAGAGCGCGCAUCUCAGGUCCCAACUGCGCAGGGCGCCCUAAGGAGUCCGGUCCGGGGCGGCUGCUCGCGACCCCGCACCGGGACGCGCUCUCCGGGUGCGCACCGGGCCGGCUCCCAGCCAGGUCUCCUACCUCCCGGCAAUGGAGGCGCGGCCGGCAGGGGGAGCGAGGCGGAAGGGAGACGCAGCCGGUCCAGUGCGCUCCCUCGGGGCCUACGGGAGGGCACGGAUAAUGGGGCGGCGACGGACCGAGAGGAGCUCGGGACUUCGGGAAGCCUUUGGGUCCCUGUAGCCAAUGACUUCGAAAAGGUCCCAGCGUUGAACUUCGGGGCUGGGGCUUUCGCGGUCCAGCGGAGAGAAGUUCGAUCUCCGCUGGAGCAGCGGGAUGUCCAAGGGGCGUUGGUCACCGAGGGCUCUGAGACCAGAGGCUCCCGCCCCCGGGCUGGGCUGGGCGCGGUGCGGCUGGGCGCACGCAGUCGGAGGCGGCGCCGGCCAGGCCGCUGGGCGCCUAUGGACGCGCGGAGCCCGCUGUCUCCCCGGGCCAGCGCGUUCAGCAUCGCCUCUCUCGUUGCAGCCGAGGCCUCGGAGGGCGCCGCCCACCGGGCCCCCGGCCCCAGCGAUCGGGCGAAACUUCGCCUGCAACCAGGAUCCCCGGCCGGGAUGCACUUCAGCACAGUCACCAGGGACAUGGAAGCCGCCGAGCCCGAGGGCCCCGGGGUCAGCUGUGCGGCCGCCGCCAAGGCGCCGGUGAAGAAGAACGCGAAGGUGGCCAGCGUGAGCGUGCAGCUGGAGAUGAAGGCGCUGUGGGACGAGUUCAAUCAGCUGGGCACCGAGAUGAUCGUCACCAAGGCCGGCAGGCGAAUGUUCCCCACGUUCCAAGUGAAGCUGUUCGGCAUGGACCCCAUGGCUGACUACAUGCUGCUCAUGGACUUCGUGCCGGUGGAUGACAAGCGCUACCGGUAUGCCUUUCACAGCUCCUCUUGGCUGGUGGCAGGCAAGGCAGACCCUGCCACUCCUGGCCGUGUGCACUACCAUCCUGACUCGCCAGCCAAGGGUGCACAGUGGAUGAAGCAAAUCGUGUCCUUCGACAAACUCAAGCUGACCAACAACCUGUUGGACGACAAUGGCCAUAUUAUUCUCAACUCCAUGCACAGAUACCAGCCCCGCUUCCAUGUUGUCUAUGUGGACCCUCGAAAAGAUAGCGAGAAAUAUGCAGAAGAGAACUUCAAAACGUUUGUAUUCGAGGAGACACGAUUCACCGCUGUCACUGCCUACCAGAACCACCGGAUCACGCAGCUCAAGAUUGCCAGCAACCCCUUCGCCAAAGGCUUCCGGGACUGCGAUCCUGAGGACUGGCCCCGGAACCACCGGCCCGGCGCGCUGCCGCUAAUGAGUGCCUUUGCGCGCUCGCGGAACCCCGUGGCCUCUCCCACGCAGCCCAACGGCGGGGAGAAAGCCUCGAAGCCAUUGGGGUCCCACCAGCCCCCCCAGGACUACGGCAAGUCUCCGGGGUCCCCCUGUCCCCAUAGUUCCCGCGGGUUCCUCCCCAGCCCCGAGGACCCACGGGGCCCACCCGCCAGUGCCAAAGCGCCCGAUCCGAGGCGGAAGGAAGUGCUAGUAUUUAUUGUUCUCCCCGAGACCGCGUCGCCUCCGGCCCGGCCGGCAUCGCAGCGUAGACGACCCGAGAGAGCCCCGCCCGCACGCCGUGUAGAUGCGUGUAGAUAA